AGUCAUAGCCAAGAGUCAAUUGGGUAUUCUUUUUGGGCCAUAAUAACGUAACCGGUUGUCCAGUGUCCAGUUGAUAAAGUCAGGAGAUCACAGAUAGACAUGGCGGUGUCAGCAGAUCACAUCCGGGAGAAGCUAAUUAAGGAGCUCGAGGCAGUGCAUGUGGACGUAGAGGAUACCUCACCAGAAAGAUGUGCAGCCAGCUUCAAAGUCCUGGUGGUGUCGGCGCAGUUUGAGGGGAAACCAUUGUUACAAAGACACAGGAUGGUGAACAUGUGUCUGGCAGAGGAGCUGAAGGCAAUCCAUGCGUUUGAACAGAAGACCCUCACACCAGAACACUGGGACAAGUUGAAGCAACAGUGACACAUUUCCACCUGCUUCCGUUUGCUUCUUGUUUUUGGAUGAUGUGAAAAUGUUCAACUGGUCCAACUAUCUUAUUGCUCCGUCUGUCCCACUGAUACAAAUCUACUGCAAAUGAAAAUAAAACACUUUCCUUCCUUUUUCUGCA